CCAACUUUACCGUCCACGAUCCAACGGCGCCCUUCCUUAUUUAGCGAAAUCUCACCACACGUGGACUUCCAUCCUCGUCAUGGCCAUCAAGCGUACACUAGACACGACGUCAGACAGCGCGGCUCCAAGCCUUCAAGGCGGCGCCGCGCCUCCUCCAUACGGCCUCUUUUCGCCGACCAAUGCUGCGACGGGCAGCAGCGGCGGUGGCGAUGAAACCAACGCCAAGCGCCAGCGCCCACCCAACGUGCACGGCUUCAGUGCCAGCGAAAUGAAAGACGUGAAUGCUAUGUCCCAGUGGCUUCGCCGUGUGUUUGAAUAAACAAACUAAUAUUUAAAUCGAUCAACCACUCCA